AUGACCCUUGGUUCUCCACCCAAGCGAUGGGCGAACCCAGAGAGGGAUGCUUGUUGCCGGUUGAUCGGCGAGGAGCUGAGGAGCUACUUGGGGGAUUACCUGGGCUAUGGCCAGGAGGCCAAAGACUCCUCUCGGCGCCGCCCACACCGAAGGGACUUCUUCGAGGAGUUCAAGGCAGAGGCGGCCACGCGCACAGCCGGACAGGUGGACCUGCCCGGGCUGCAGACGGGUGCGGGGCCUGGAGCUGGGGUUCGUCCGGAUGACAUGCCUGCUGUUGGGGUUUGGAUGUUGGGACUCCUUGAAUGGGAGCCUUACUUGGCGGCUCCGACACUGGACCCCACGACUCAGCACCGGAUGACCACCUUUUCUUUGGUUUUUGAGCUGGUGUGGUUUUGCCCAUGGGUGUGCCAACGUUUUGACUGCCGCUCAGCUCGAGCUAAGGGCAAUGUCUUGAGCUCAACCCUUGAGCUCUGCAGCAUGCCGGGUCCGCCCCUCCGUGGCUUCUCGUCCGCCCGGGUCCGCGCGGGGUUGGGAGUGAAGAUGCAGAGGCAGGGUGCACAAACGAGCAAGGAGCACUCGCAGCUUGGUGCCAGCUUGGGCGUGCAGAUCUCAAGGAUGCCUCCACCACCUUUGCCACCCCCACCUGCUUCAGCUCCUCCACCAGAGUCGCUCCCGGAGCCUCAGAGCGAUGAGAAUGAAGUUGGUGGGGAGGAGGAAGGAGUGAACAUCACCAUCAACUGCUUCCCAGCCUCACCCGCCGAGGCUUUCCGCGCCCGGUGCUCCCGGGUGAACACGCGGGACACCGCGCGAUGGGGCUUGGUGGGAGAAAGGGCACCAGUUUUUCUAGGCUUGAACCCGUACCUCAUCGGCAAGCGGAAGGGCUGCACCGUGUGGCGGCAGCCGGGUGGUAUCAUUGACCACCGGUAUGGUGGCAACUGCUAUGAAGCUCGGAUCGAGGAUUUGGUGGAUUGCAAGGUCUACGUGUGCGAUCGCACGGAGCAGACCUUCGUGGAUGAGUGUUCGGGCUGCGAGGUGCUGAUCGGCACCUGUGAAGGGGCGACCUUCGUGAGGGAUUGCCGACAGUGCACCUUCUGGGUGGCCACAAGGCAACUCCGCACCCGGAACUGUGUGGGAUGCAACUUCUUCCUGCACAGCCACACGGAGCCCAUCAUCGAGAGUUCCAAGGACCGAGCGGUGGUGGCAGAGACGGGUGGUGGACCAAGACUGGUUUUCACGGGUUCCUGGCGCUUUGUGGCGUCCUUGGACGCCCAAGGCCUCCUACCCCGGGCUGGCGCAGCAUCUGAGCCAGGCCGCUAUGGACCCAGGGGAUGGCCCAAAACCACUGGCCGCACCUUCCCCGACACCGCAGCUGAGCUCUUGAUUGCUUUCAUCCUGGCUGGCGACUGCGCCGUGAGUGGCGGUGUGGAGCCACAGGUGGUGGCGUCCAGCGAGGAUGCCGACUUCGAGCGUCGCGUGCAGGAGAUGAAGAGCUGGAUGAGCUCUGAGCGUUUCAAGCACACCACCCGGCCUUACAAGGUGGAGGACGUGGUGAAACUGCAAGGCACCUUCCCCCUGCAAUUCGCCGGCGCCAAGGUGUCCGAGAAGCUCUACAAGAUGCUGAGGGAACACCAGGCCAAGGGCACCUGUUCUCACACCUUUGGCGCGUUGGACACGGUGCAAGUCACUCAGAUGGCCAAGUACUUGACCUCCGUGUACGUGAGCGGCUGGCAGUGCUCCUCCACCGCUUCCACCUCCAACGAGCCUGGCCCUGACGUGGCUGACUACCCCUAUGACACCGUGCCCAACAAGGUGGACCAGCUCUUCCGUGCUCAGCUCUUCCACGAUCGCAAGCAGUACGAGGAGCGCCGCCGCAUGAGCCCUGCCGACCGCGCGGCGGCGCCGGCGGUGGAUUACUUGAACCCCAUCAUCGCCGAUGCUGACACCGGCCAUGGCGGCAUCACUGCUACCAUGAAGUUGGCCAAGAUGUUCAUCGAGAAUGGUGCAGCAGGCAUCCACAUCGAGGACCAGAAGCCAGGCACCAAGAAGUGCGGGCACAUGGGUGGCAAGGUCUUGGUCUCCACCCAGGAGCACAUCCAGCGACUGAUCGCAAUCCGCCUGCAGGCAGACGUGCUGAACAGCCCGCUGGUGCUGGUGGCGCGCACAGACGGGGAGGCUGCCACGAUGAUCGACUCCAACAUCGACCCCAUUGACCAUCCUCACAUCAAGGGUGUCACUGUGAAGGGAGUGGAGCCUCUCUUUGAGGCCAUGCGCAAGGGCACCGACAAGGAUUGGGAGCAACGGGCUGGAUGCAUGACCUUCCCUGAGGCCGUCUCCAAGGCACUCAAGGCGAAAGGAAAGGACAGCAAGCAGUGGGAGAAGGAUGCCAGGAAGAUGUCCAUCGACCAGAUGAGGAAAGCGGCAGCCGACAUGGGUUGCGAGGUCUUCUUCGACUGGGACUCUGCCCGUUCGGUCGAGGGCUACUACCGCAUCAAGGGCUCCACCGAGUUCUGCAUCGAGCGAGCGAUCGCUUUUGCACCCUAUGCGGAUUGCAUCUGGAUGGAGACCGGGAAGCCCAUUCUGGUGCAAGCCAUGCAGUUCGCCCAGGAAGUGCGCGCGGCGGUGCCUCAUCAGAUGCUGGCCUACAACCUGAGCCCGUCCUUCAACUGGGACAGUGCUGGCAUGACCGACGCCCAGAUGGAAUCCUUCAUUUGGGACUUGGCGAAGCUGGGCUUCUGCUGGCAGUUCAUCACCUUGGCAGGUUUCCACUGUGAUGCCCUCAGCAUCGACCUCUUCGCCAAGGAGUAUGCCACACGCGGCGCCUACGCCUAUGUGUCGAUGAUUCAGCGGGAGGAGCGCAAGAACAAGGUGGAGACCUUGACCCAUCAGAAGUGGAACCUUCGCUGCAUGAACGGGCGGGAGGAGGAUGGCCUGUCGCAUGCAGCGCAUGAGGCAGCACACCAGGCGGCUCAGAGUGCUUUGGCCCAUGCACAGGUGCGGAGCAGCCUUGUGGCACAGCUCACCUUGCCUCCCAGCAGGGGGCUGACCCUUCCGCAGCUCGUGGGACGGGCGCAGCUGUGGUUGCAGGAGGAGUCCCUUCACUUCGCACCAGAGGAGGUGGAGGAGGAGGAUGAAUUGGACCUCAUCAUCCCUGUUAGCCAACUGGGCGAGGUUGAAGCCAAGAUCUUAGGCCCCGAGACCGGCGUAUUGGGUGGCCUAUCGGUGAUCCUGAACCUGUCACCGCCAUUGGCAGCCAACGGCUUUGCCCUGGACUUCAUGGCCGAGGGGCACCGGAUCUCCAUGCUGACCCUCGAGGCCGUCGAAGGCGAUCCCUUCGAGGCAUUGGCCACUUUCAAAACGUGGCUGAGCAGUGCCACGUGUGCUGAGCAGUGCGUCACGCUCCAUGGUCCCAAGUCCUUGGGUCUAGUCCCGCGGCCGCAUCAGAAGGGCUUCGGGUUGCGCUUCCAGGGGGCCGUGCUGGAAGAACGGGACGUGGACUUGUUGGAGGAUGAGCAGUGGUUCAACGACACCAUCAUGGACUUCUUCUUGCGUUUGGCCGUCGAGGUGGCGCCGCCACAACUGCAAGAGGAGUUGUAUGUGGCCAAGACUCAGUUCUUCACGCGCCUGAGCGCCGCCGGCGCCUCCAGUGGCGAGAAGGGCUGGGAGAACGUGCGGACGUGGACGCGGAGCGUCACGGGUGGCCUGGCGUCUCAACGGGUCUUGAUCUACCCGGUGAACGAGGCCAACCUGCACUGGUGCGCCUUCUUCGUCUGCCAUCCCUACCGAGUGAUGCGGACCGAUGACACGCGCGGGCACAUGGAGGACUUGCCACGGAUGGUUUGUCUGGACUCCGCAUGGGAGCCUUUGCCCAAAGAGGACCACAUCAAAUUGCUGAAGGGAUACUUGCGCCGAGAGCUCUUCAACACGAGUGGCUACGGCGUCCAACUGGAAGACUCCAAGCGCCUUGAAGACAAGGUGACGCGGUCGCAGAUGGUGGCUCGAUGGAAAGCUGCAGUGUGCGGCUUGGAAAGGAUGCAGGCCAUUGAGACGGACGUUCCAAAGCAGCAGAACGUCUAUGAUUGUGGUCUCUACGUGCUGGAGUUCUUGCUCUUUCUGCUUCGCCACCCCGAGAAGUUGACCAGACUGGGCUUGGAAUCGCACCAAGCCUGGUUUGACCAGUCCACCAUCAGCCAUCGUCGCACUCAAAUGCGCCAGCUCGUGGUGCAUUUGCUGCAAGAAGGAAAGGCCAAAGGGGAGACGGACCUGUCGGUCCUCCUCAAGGACCAGGGCCUCCGUGCUCGUGUGCACGAGGCCCUUCUCAGUGAGCCGAGCCCCGACGAGGACCUGCCCUGGCGGCCACCGAAGGAGCCCCCACCUGUGAAAGCGCGGCCGCUGCCACCUCCGGCAGUGCCACCUCCGGUGCCGGCGCAGGCGGCUGCGGCAGAGGCCAAGUGGUGGGAUUGGGGCGAGUGGAGUGAGGACACGCGGGGGUGGAAGAGGGCCAGGAGGAAUGACUGGUGCUGA